AUGGAGUCAUCUAUCCCUCAACAACACCACGCCUACGUCUCCGAGCUCCUCUCCUUCCCCCUCGCUCGCCUCCACAAGGAACCGGAGCUUCUCCGGCUCGACAGGGAUCGAAUCCAAAGCCAACUCCAAGACUUCAUGGCCGGUAACUACCGAGCAUUGGUUUAUUCUGCGCAUACCUCUCUCUCAGUUCAAGACCAACUAUCCUCCAUUGACAAGGAUCUUAAAUCUCUUACAUUGGAGAAGAUCCCCACGUUAACAAAUGCAUGCACCAAGUUCGUUGACACUUUGGAAAAGAUGAACAAGAUGAACCAAACACAGCACUUACUUGAAAUCCCUCAACUCAUGGGAGCAUGUGUGAAAGAUGAGAACUAUGAUGAAGCUCUAGAGUUAGAAGCCUUUGUUCGCAAGCUUUCGACUAUGCACCCCAAAUCAGUACUUGUUAGGGACCUGGCUGAACAUGUCAGGAAGAUCACUCAAUCCCUUGUCUCCCAGCUUCUUCAAAAACUUCGUUUGGAUUUUGAAAAACCCGAGCCUGAACAUUGCCUUCGGAUUGUUGGAUAUUUACGUAGAACAGGAGUGUAUAGUGAGUAUGAACUACGGUUGCAGUUUUUGAAAUGUAGGCAGGCAUGGCUUACAGGAAUGUUGGAGGAUUUGGAUGAGGGAAACCCUGACGAGUACCUCAAGGGGAUGAUUGGUUGUCACAGAAAGCAUCUAGUUGAUAUUGUUAAUCAAUAUGUGUUGGUAAAUUACGAUGAGAAUGAUGGUGGUCUUCUCAAUAGUUGGCUUAUGCAUCAAGUAACCUCACACCUUGAGACUCUCAAAAUUUUACUCCCAGAAAUAAGUGACGGGGUGUUGCUAUCUAAUAUUCUUGAGGAAUCCAUGUAUUGCUGCAUGGUGCUUGGAAGGGUGAUUGGGCUAGAUUUCAGGGCGAUGCUAAUUCCAAUUUUUGAAGAGGCAGUUGUCAACAUGUUCUCAAACAAUGUGAGUAGAGCAGUUGAAGGAUUUCAGUUGGUUUUGGAUUCACAUCGUUGGGUUCCAGCACCAGCUAUAGCAAAUAGUAGUGUUCAUGGUGGUGGUGGUGAUGAUGAUGAUGAUGUAAUUGAACCGCCGUAUUGUCUUAUGGAGCAUCCACCUCUGGCUGUUUUUGUUAAUGGAGUGGCUGCGGCGAUGAAUGAGCUCCGGCCCUGUGCACCCUUGAGCUUGAAGCAUGUGCUUGCUAAAGAAUUGAUCAAGGGAUUGAAGGCUGUUUCCGACUAUUUGAUGACUUAUAAUGCAGAGACUGGGAUAUUACUUGGAGAAAAUAAGGAGUCUGAACUUUUUCUCUCACUUUGUCAAGCCUUCAUUGAGAUUACUUACCCACAUUGUGCAAAGUGCUUUGGCCGCUGUUAUACUGGCGGAGCUGCUUCAGUCAUGGAUGCAAAGAGUUCAUGUGACGGCAUUCGCCGCCUAGUGAAGACAGUCUCUCCCUGA